AUGAAGCUGAGCCUGACUUUCCCAGCCUCUGGUUGCCAGAAACUCACCAAAGUGGACAAUGUACGCAAAUGUUGUGCUUUUUAUGAGAAUCAUGCGGCAAUGGGAGUUUCUGCUGAUGCUCUGGGUGAAGAGCAGAAGGGUUAUGUGGUUCGAAUCAGUGGUGGGAACAACAAACAAGGUUUCCCCACGAAGCAGGGUGACUUCACACAUGGCCGCGUCUGCCUGCUGUUGAGUAAGGGGCAUUCCUGUCAACAACCAGGGGGCACUGGAGAGAGAGAGUGCGCAUCCAUCCAUUUGGGGAAAGGUAUUCCUGGUCUCACUGACACUGCUAUGCCUCGUCACCUGGAGUCCAAAAGAGCUAGCAAAAUCCACAAACCUUCCAGUUUCUCUAAAGAAGACAGUGUCCACCAAUAUGGAGUGAAAAAGCCCCUAAACAAAGAUGGUGAUGAACCAAGGACCAAAGCACCCAAGAUCCAGUGGUUUGUUGCUCCAUGCAUCCAACAGCACAAAUGUCAGCGUAUUGCUCUGAAGAAACAGUGUACAAAGAAAAAUAAGAGAGAGGUCACAGAAGAUGCUAAAUUUUUGGCCAAGAGAAUGAAGGAGGCCAAAGAAAAAUACCAGGAACUGAUUGCCAAGAGACAUAGGCCGCUCUCUCUGAGAGCUUCUACCUCUGUCUGA